AUGUCACAAGGUAUGAAAGCUAGUUAUAAUUAUAAUUUGUCAAUUAUUCUUUCUGACUUUGAACAACAAAUCCAAGCUACUGAAUUAGUUAUUAAAUAUGAUACUAAUAAAGAAUUCAGUAUUGAACUAUAUCAGAUAAUAGCACUUGCUUUUCUUUCUCUUUCUGAAAUACCAAAUAUCUUUAAUCAAGUUAAAUUGCUAAUCCUUUCUCAUGCAAUUCAAGUUGUCAAAUAUUUUGAAAAAAACUAUAUUUAUAGAAGAGCAAAACAUCUCAGAAAUGAAAAUAUAAUUUGUACACUAUAA